GGGAUACACAAAUCGGUUCCCGUCUUAUUCCAGCCUCCAAGCAAUCGUAACCCUAUCCCGAAAACCUUAUCCCUAAACCUGAUUUCUCAAAAAAAAACUCUAAACCUUCAGAAACCCCAGAUUAUUGCCCUCCAUUGUUCCACAAUUCCAAUCCAAGGUUUGAUUUUACAUGAUUCAAGAAUGGGUAUCCGAGGCAAAGGCAGUUUGGAUCGUUUAAGAACGAUAUGGACACCCGAAAUGGACCGAUAUCUCAUCGAUCAAAUGCUGGAACAGCUCAAAAAGGGCAACAGAUUCGACGACCAUGUGUUCAGCAAAACGGCGUGGAUGAGCAUGAACUCAUCGUUCAACGAGAAAUUCAAGUUCGAUUACGAAAUGGAUGUGUUGAAGAACCGGCACAAAACGCUGAGGAAUGUGUUCAAAGCUGUUAAGAAUCUGUUGAACCAGAAGGGUUUUAGCUGGGAUGCGGCUCGACAAAUGGUGGUCGCCGAGAGUAAAAUCUGGGAUAAAUAUAUCAAGGUAAACCCAGAUGUUCGUCCUUACAGAUUGAGAAGUCUUCCAUGCUAUGAUGAUCUGUGUGUUAUAUAUGGGGAUCAUUUAGCUGGCAAAAUGGGUUAUAGUUUGCCGGAGACAUCAUCACACUUGGGUGAGGAUGAAGAACGAUUGGCCGCUCGACUAGAACAUGGCGAAGAGGGAACCGUGGAGGCUGUUCAUGAAAUCGCAUUAGGUGAAGAAUGUGUCUCACUUCCCCUUGAAAUGAUGGAUGCAUCGGAGAGUACGCCAAUUGCAACAACAAACCCACCAUAUGGUCGCAAUAGGAUGUACUGGCAACCGCCGAUGGACCAGUUUUUCAUUGAUCUUAUGGUUGAGCAAGUGCGCAACGGGAACCAGAUCGGUGGUGUAUUUUGCAAGCAGGCAUGGAUAGAGAUGAUUGCUUUGUUUAAUGCGAAAUUCGGUUCUAGCUACGACGUGGACAUACUAAAGAAUCGCCUUAAAACUCUAAGAAGGCAAUAUAAUGUCAUCAAGAACAUUCUUCAACUGGAUGGAUUUGCUUGGGACUAUGAACGUCAAAUGGUGACUGCUGAUGAUAGUGUAUGGCAAGACUACAUCAAGGGGCAUAAGGAUGCACGGCAGUUCAUGACCCGACCGGUGCCCUACUAUAAAGACCUGUGCUCGAUAUGCAAUUCCUCGUAUCCUGAUGAACGUGAUUGCGUUGCUCUCCAAUGUUCCGAACCAGAAAACGUGGUUCAAGAAGUGAAGCCGGUGCAGGCAGCUAAGAGUUCUCAGUCUCCUGUAGCAUCUAUUUCGAGUGAAGGUGAAAUCGGUUACUUACUGGAUCCAGCAUGUCUGGAUUCAAACACAGGGUCUAACGCUAACAACAAACGUCAACUAGAAAACAAGUCGAGUUCCAUACAUUCAAAGAAAUCAAGAAGCGAGUAUGACAGUAUGGCCAGUGCGCUUCGAGAGAUGGCGAGUGCUGUUUCGUCUUUGACCGAGAAGAAGGAUGACGAAAACUCGAACCCCAUUUCGAUAGAGAGCGUAGUUACAGCGGUACAGACAUUGCCGUACAUGGAUGAAGAGUUUAUAUUGGAUGCAUGCGACUUUCUGGAAGAUGAAAUAAAAGCAAAAACUUUUAUGGCACUGGAUGUCAAACUGCGGAAGAAGUGGCUGUCGAGGAAGCUCCGUCCUCCGCAGUGAGUUGAAUCGAGUCUAAUUGAGUUUACUUUUAUUCUUUAGAAGAGAUUAGGCACAGAGAUACACACAAUCUUAUGGAAAUGGUAGAGAAAUUCUACAAAAUUGCUAGGAUAUGUGGAAUAUAUACAUGGAAACAAGUUUACAUUUUUGAGACA